AUGAAGGGGAUUGCUCUAAUUUCACUUUUCAGUGCUGCACUAGCUCACCCGGCGGGCCUUUGGUGGGGUACCGACGUCUGCUAUACAAGUCCAGACAAUACCGACAAUCAGUGCUCGGAUGCUCAGCAGAAAGGCUUCGACUUGUCUGAGCUGGGCAACGGAGACAAUUGGAGUUUGGAAGGCUUUCACUUCGUUGGCCUCGAGCCCAAGAAUGGCUGUCAAGGAUCAAGUUACGGGGGCACUUGUCUCGGUGGAAAGCUAUCCAGUGAUGAUGACUGGACUAUCAAGAUUUCCGCCACUGACGCCCCAUUCUCAAUCCGCAACUUCCAUCUUUCAACUUCUCGAAGCACCGACAUCUUCAUCAUUUACGAAAUGCCUGAUGGCUCUUCUUGUCGUCAUGUCGCGUCCAGCUCCUACAGGGGAACUGAUAUUGGCAACGAUCAGUGCGGUGGUGCCAUUUCAGUCGAGUUCACCCUUCCCCAAGAAAGCAAGUUCGGCGAUUGUGAUCUCGAGAUUCAUUCAAUCGACUUUGACUGCUCUACUGGAUCCAAGCCGCCAGCUCCCCCGGUCCUAGACCCCUCUCACUCUUAUCUUGAGCCUACUCCGAGCUCGACUGUUUCCCUGCCCCCUUUCCAUUUGCCAUCGACUACGCCGAAGCCUCCGACGGUCAGCCACUCUUCCCACAAGAUGACCACUUCCACGGUCUGGACUACUGAGGAGUACACUAUCACCAAAUGUCCACCCACCGUCACUAACUGCCCUGGUCAUUCGACUGUGUUGGUUACCUCUACGUACCCAUUGUCAACCACGGUCUGCCCCUCUACGCCUGUGGAGCCUGAAACAAGUAAGACAUCGUCUUGGGUUGCGCACUCGGAUCCGCCGAGCGUGACUGCUUCUCUGCACUCUUUCCAUUUGCCUUCGACUACGCCGGAUGCUCCUCCGACUAUUCACUCGUCCCAGCAGAUGACGACUUCCACGAUCUGGACUACGGAGGAGUUCACCAUCACCAACUGCCCACCAACUGUCACUAACUGCCCCGCUCAUUCAACUGUUUUCGUGACCUCUACGUACCCAUUGUCAACCACGGUCUGCCCCUCUAGGCCCGCGGAAACUGGUCCCAGCACAACCUCUACGCGUGAUCUGAACUCGCACCCCCCGCUCACGAGUGCCAUCAGCAACACGAUCGCUACCGAGCCCAGCCCACCCACUGUUACAGCCCCUUGCCCGAACGUGGUCCCCAAAUGUCUCAACACCUGGCUCUCCAUUCCCAAGUGCGACUCCAACAGUGACACCGCAUGCUUCUGCCCAUCCACAGAGUUCACGGACAAAGUUAGCGGGUGCAUUCGGGCCUGGAGCAGCUCCCAGAAGGAGGAAGAUUCCGCCCUUGCUUUCUUCGCUGGCAUUUGUGCCCCCUUUGUUCCGCAGAACCCGGCUAUUGUAGACAUCGCUACCACCUGCACCUCUUCGGCCCCCGUUUCUUGGACCACCCAUGUCCCUCAAUCCCCCAGCAACACCCAUCCCUUUGUUGAGACAGUUGCUGUGGCUACUUCGGUCCCCCAGGCUCCUUGCACCACCAUCAGCUGGGCCUCGCAUACGGCUACCGUUCCGCUUGUAGAGUUUAGCACGGUUACCUGCGCCACCACAACCUCUGUGAAUCUGGUUCCGGUUACUACCGCCAGUCCUCCUUCUCAGACCAGCCCCCAUGCGCACGCGUCCUCCUCAACGUUGAAGACCAGCUACCAAACCCACUCUACCUCUGUUCUUACACCGACGGCCCCAAAGACCUCUGUGUCCGAGCCCACCGUUUCGAAGCCAACUGAAACUGUCGUUCUUGCCAACGGUGGGUCGAAACUAUCCUUGUGCAGUAUCUGGACUUUUGCCAUUUCCCUUUUGGUCCUUCUCUUCUAA